AAUUGGCCGGAGUCCGGGCCCGCCGGGAACCGAUUGGCGGGAGGGAGGAUAAAGCAUCACCCGCCUCCAUCGCUCUGCAACCAAAUAAAACAACAAUCUUCAACCAUUAUAUAUGACCCUUUUGUCUCUUCUACUGAUCCCAAAUCCGUGUUUUUUGUUAUUGUGAUCAGGAAUGAGUUUCUCAUCCAAUCCACUCUCCCUCAGCGUUCCGGACGCCGCCUUCGAUUCAUGGCUUCGCGAUUCCGGCUACCUCGAGAUUCUCGAUCAACGCACCUCCGACCUCCACCGCCAUUCCUCCGCCACUGCAGCCACUGCCCCCACCAGACCCACCCCCAUCGCCGUCGCUCCUUUAGCCACAGGUUUCUUCAUCUCCUUCUUCUCUCGUAUCGGAACCCUUCUCUCCGUUUUCACUCUUAACCCCUUUGCCAAGCUCUCUGCUGCUGAUUUUGCCGGCCCGACACCCUCCUGGACUUCCGGAUUUGUUGGGUUUUUUGAAUCGUACUCGUUUCCUUCCUCGCCGGCUCAAGCUCGUCUCAGAGUCCACGAGAACGCCAAACGCUAUGCUCGCAAUUACGCAUCCUUAUUUGUUCUCUUUUUUGUCUGCACGCUGUACCAGAUGCCUCUUGCUCUUCUUGGAUUAGUAUCAUGUUUAGCACUUUGGGACAUUGUUAAAUUUUGUGGUGAUAGAUGGGGAUUGGACCAAUAUCCAGUUGUUUGGCAGUGUUUGGUUCGCAUUGCUCAAUGUGUGACUGUCAUCAUCCUUUUAUUUUCCAACUUUCAAAUGGCAAUCUUCUGUGCACUUGGCGUUGGAUAUACAGGCAUGAUUUUGCACGCUGCAUUUCGGAAGCUAACUCUCACGAGGCCCCCGUCUUCCAUAAAUCGAAAAUAGCCCAUUACAGUCUGCACCUUCUUUUGUUAAAGAGGGCUAUGAUGCAGAAGAAUAUGCUGCAUUUUGGGAGUGUUGAACAAUUUAAGCAUAUAGAAGCUCACGUUACUUUAAAGGCAACUCUUACCAAGUUUGUGAUUUUCGCAGUCUUCUAAUCUUUAGUUGAAUGGUUAUGUCGAUGCUGCUAGACAACUAGAGGCAUAUAACUGAUAUGAUAUCAAAUGACAUGAUAUCAAUUUCAAUUGUAAGUAUUAGGUUAGACACGGAUUUAAGAUUAAUGCCUCUCUCUCCUUUUUGCUUGCGGCCUGCGGGGGAUGACUGAGCUUCCUAGAUCUGCAUCAGCGAGCGAGAGGAUACAUACCUCCUCCAUAUUUUUUAAAUGGGCACGACUCGGAUACUGCAUGCAAGAAGUAUAAUAGUUUACUGAACAUCGACUUAGAUUGUCGUGCAAUGUUCUUGAUAUAAAGAACAAGUUUCUUGUCAAACAUCUCACAACAUAAGGAUUAAUCUUAUUUGAAUGUUCUU